GGCAAUGAUAACUGAAUGAAGUCUGCUUCAAAUCGUACUUUCAGAUGUAGCGCAUAUGCAUAGACUAGCAAGACCGAUAUGCAUAUAUUGUUAUCUACCCAAUGACCGAUUUAGAAUAGAAGUGACUGCCAUGCAUACGGCCGUCACCGUAUACCUUCCACCUUAUGGAAGCUUUCUCGGAAAAGGCUGCCAAGUGAAAUUCAUAUACUUUGGCGCUAGGAAUUUUGCUUAAAUAUUUAUGGCCAGCCUUAGAGGUAACAAGUACAAGCAUCCUAGACCAUUUCGGGCCACUGUGGCUGUGGUUCGCAAUUCUCGGACAUAAUUGCUGCAGAGUUG